GACAGGUAACUCACCCAAUGGAUAGUGAGACGUUCAAAACGGGGCUGUCAGCGUGCUCGUUCUCGUGUUUGAGCGCGCCAGUGAUUGAAACUAGCCUUGUGGGCAAAUAAGCUGGGUCAGAAGCGGUGCAAAUGGCAGAGUGGAACGCCUACUACCAGAUCGAGGAUGGGGAGGAAGCGCAAGAAGAAGGGGAACAGACUGAAGGAGACUACAGAAUAUCAGGAAGAGACAGUCUGGUGUUUUUGGUCGACGCCUCUAAGGAAAUGUUCGUUAAAGGGGAAGAUGGCCAGCCCUCUAACUUCGACAUGACCAUGCAGGUUGUCCGCACAGUGUACACCAGUAAGAUCAUCAGUAGUCACAGGGAUCUGGUUGCCCUGGUUUUCUACGGGACAGAGCAGAGCAAAAACCCCAGGAACUCAUUCAAACACGUUUACGUGUACCACGACUUAGAUGAACCUGGUGCAAAGCGGGUUCAGGAGGUCGAUGCUCUGCGAGGCGACAAAGGCGCCCGGCUGGCGGCGGAGACCAUGGGCAGCGGGGAGACGUCGUUGGGAGACGCCCUGUGGUGCUGCGCCAACCUCUACAGCGACAUCAAGCUUCGCCUCUCGCUCAAGCGGGUGAUGAUUUUCACCUGCAGGGACCAACCACACGGGGGCGACAGCGCCAAGGACCGACAGGCUCGCACCAAAGCCAGCGACCUCAAGGAGACCGGUGUCGUUAUUGAUUUGAUGCACCUGAUGAAGCCAGGCGGCUUCGACGUGUCUCUCUACUUCCGUGACAUUGUGAGUCCACCUGAGGAGGAGAGCGAGCUGGGGCUGCAGCUGAAGCCCUCCGACAAGCUGGAGGUCCUUCAGAGGCGCGUGCGUGCCAAAGAGCAGAAAAAGAGAGCCUUAGCCAGGUUAAGCUUGUGUCUCGGCGAGGGUUUAAAUGUCGCAGUGGGAAUGUACGCAACUGCCGUGUCAGCUCGGAAGCCAUCCGCCAUCAAGCUUUACAGGGAAACCAACGAACCGGUCCGCAGCAAAACCCGCACCUUCCACACCCAGACCGGCAGUCUGCUGCUGCCCAGUGAGAUCAAGAAAGCCCAGGUGUAUGGCAAUAAACAGAUUGUGAUGGAGCGGGAUGAGGUGGAUGCCAUCAAGAAGUUUGAUGACCCUGGUAUGUUUCUGAUUGGAUUCAAGCCGAUGGAGAAACUCAAACUGCAUCACCACAUCCGGCCUUCUGUCUUUCUCUAUCCGGAGGAGGGUGAAGUAAAAGGCAGCGCCUGUCUGUUUGCGGCCUUGUUGAAGAAGUGUAGCGAGAGGAACGUGUUCGCUCUGUGCCGCUGCAUCUCCCGCCGAAACUACCCGCCCCGAUUCGUCGCCUUGGUGCCUCAGAAGGAAGAGGUCGAUGAGGGGAACGUACAAAUAACACCACCGGGCUUUAACGUCAUCUACCUGCCGUAUGCUGACGACUUCCGGACGUUGGAUACUCAGCGUUUUCCGACAGCCUCGAAACCGCAAGUGGACAAGAUGAAGGAAAUAAUCACAAAGCUCCGCUUCAAAUACAGGAGCGAUGCUUUCGAGAACCCCGUGCUGCAGCAGCAUUACAGGAACCUGGAGGCCUUGGCUCUGGAUAUGAUGGCUCCAGAGGACAAUGAAGAUCUCAUCAUGCCAAAGGUGGAGCAGAUCGAUCAGCGUUUGGGAACUUUAGCCCAAGAAUUUAAAGAUCUAGUCUACCCUGAUGACUACAAUCCAGAGUACAAACCUGUCGUUAAACGCAAAGCAGCUGAUGGCGGCAGUGGCAGUGCCAAGAAGCCCAAAGCGGACGUGUCCGAAGACGACAUAAAGGCCCACAUGCAGAGCGGCACUCUGGGAAAGCUGACCGUGCCCGUGCUGAAAGAGGCCUGCAAGCAGUUUGGGAUUCGGACCACCGGGACCAAAAAACAGGAACUGAUAGAUGCUCUGAUUGGCCGACUGGGUCCUUGAGGACUUGCUAUUGGAUACAUUCUCUCCAACCACCUCACACAAACCCAGGGUUUUUGUCUGUGUCUGUUAAGACUGGUCACUAGUUUGGAAGCAUUAUGUUAAACUCACAAUGUGGCCUCUUUUUGUUUUGUUCAGGUUUCUGUUCAGCUGAAGUAGUUGUGGUGAAUGAAAUUUCUAACUGCUGCAGAUAUUGAGUCUUUUUCGUGAUUGACUGUGGUGAGUACAUCUCUCUUACCAUGUGAUGAGGUCUUAAUCAUUUGAAAACACUGUAUUUGAAACAGGACAUCUAUUUGCACUUGCAAGAAAAAAAAUAAAGCCUUUAAUAAACA